CAAGCCUGCUUUGGCAAAGGGGUCUCUCUCUGGACCGUUCUGCCUGGGAUGUGGAUUCUGAGCUUGCAAGUGAACUUUAUGAAAGGUGGCAAAGAAUAAGACAUGGGGAAGCCUGCAGGAGAAGAAUUUUAGGAUCAUCUCGCUUUAUUCACCAGAAGAAGCCUGAAGAGGAGUCCUUUGCUUUUUUCUUGCCACGGUUGACUACAGAACCUGGCCUUACACUCAACUUCAGUGCCACAGCAGUUAAAAGUAGUGUGGUAAAGUAUUUCGUACUAAGAAACCCUUCAUCCUUCCCAGUUACGUUGCAGCUUCUGCCUCUUUCUUACUACCCUGAUCCCCAAGCUUCACUGAGUCUGCUCAAAAAAUGGUUUGGCAUAGAUGUACAAGCAAUUAAUUUCACAACCACUGAAUUCAGGCUCAUGGAUGAAUGUUCUCUCAGGAAUGUCCAUCAAGAGGAUCUCAUCAACAAAAAAUGCAGUUCUGAGCUGCUUUGGUUAAGUUUGCAGCCACUGGAAACCAGAAAAGUUGGUGUAAUUUUUACACCAGUUGACUACAAAAGAGUAGCUUCCCUUAUUUUAAUCAGAAACAACUUGACUGUUUUGGACAUGGUCCAUGUAGAAGGCUUUGGAGCCAAAGAAUUGCUUAAAGUAGGGGGAAGACUACCUGGUGCAGGAGGAUCUCUUCGAUUCAAAGUGCCAGAAGCUACAUUAAUGGACUGCAGACGACAACUGAAAGACAGCAAACAAAUUCUAUCCAUUACGAAGAACUUCAAAGUAGAGAAUAUUGGUCCUCUUCCUAUAACAAUUUCGUCAAUGAAAAUCAAUGGUUACAGUUGCCAAGGAUAUGGAUUUGAAGUGUUAGACUGUCAGGAAUUUUUCCUUGCUCAGAACUCAUCACGAGAGAUCAGCAUUGUAUUCACUCCUGACUUUACAUCUUCAUGGGUAAUCCGUGAGCUUACACUGGUGACUGCUGCUGAUUUGGAGUUCCACUUCACGCUCAAUGUGACUCUUCCACACCAUCUGUUACCGCUGUGUGCAGAUGUGGUGCCAGGACCCAGCUGGGAAGAGUCUUUCUGGAGGCUCACUGUCCUCUUUGUAAGCUUGUCCCUGCUCGGAGUGAUUCUGAUAGCCUUCCAGCAAGCUCAGUAUAUUCUAGCAGAGUUCAUGAAAUCAAGACAGAGGCCAAAUCUUAGUUCUUCACCACAGCAGAACAGCAACUCUGUUGAUGUAAUUAGCUCUGAUUCCUACAAGGGAAGCUGCAAGACAUAUAUGGAUUCCUAUAGUUCCUCAGAUAAAGGUAAAGGGAAGGGCUUCCUGUCUGUGGGCACUUCUUCCAGCCGAAGUCAGAAUGCAGCAAAGAGAAGUCCUGCAACUUACAGUCACUCUCAGAAGAAACACAAAUGUUCAGUUUACUACAGUAAGCAGAAACCCAACACAGCAGCUGGCAGUGCCAUUGCAACUACUGAUGAGAAACAGAAUCAAGUGGAGGAGAACCAGAUCUCAGCACCAAAAGAGGACAUUUGCACUGAUGUUGUCAGCGAGAACUGGGUAACUCUAAAAUAUGCAAAUGGAAUAAAUGUUAACAAGAAUUUAACUCUUCCAGAAAACUUUCUGGUUAAAGAAGAAAGUGCACUGAAAAAUACAGUUCUCAUUAAAAAUACUUCUUCAGAAUGUGAUCUGAAGGAAGAUCUUCAAACAUGUAUGUUUCCUAAGGAAACUAACCUUAAAACUUCAGAAAAUCUAGUUGAGCUCAAAGAACAGGAGUUCUGUCCUGUGAAGAUGUCUAAGAAGCUACCUGAAAGUCACUUGUCCAGAAAUUCACCUCAGCAACAGCCAGAACUGCAAGAAAUUUCUAGGAAAAAUAGCGGGAAUAGUAGCCAGCAAGUGCCUCUCAGGAAUGAAACAGAAAACUGUGAGACUUUAAAAAAACAGAUCAAUCUAAAGCCUUCCACGGAGAAAAAGAUUAAUAAAGGACCUAAGGAAGAGACUCCAUGCUGUCCAAAGGAGGAGAUUACUUCUUCUGAGCAAGAAGAUGUCUAUAGGAAGAAGAAACCUCAGGAGAAGAAAGAAGGAAAUGUACCAAAUAUGAAUUGGAAUAGAAAUAGAACAUCUAGAAAAAAUAAGAAGAAGAACGUUAAUAUAUCUACAAGGGUCCCUGAGCAGAGUGAGUUGAAGCAUAUGUGCAGUGAAUUUGAAAGGCCGGAUCUGAGAGCGAAUAUUGGAAUAAGAGCCUGGUGUCCUCAGGGUAACGGGGAAAAUUGUAAAGCAGACCAGAAGACUGGGAACUUGUCUAUACAGGGAGAAACAGAAAGCUUUUAUCAACGGUCCAAAAAGAAGUGUUUGGAGAAGUUUUGUUCUGAUUCAAGCUCAGAUUGUGGAAGUUCAUCGGGAAGCGUUCGUGCCAGUCGGGGGAGCUGGGGUAGUUGGAGCAGUACCAGCAGUUCGGACGGAGAUAAAAAGCCCAUGAUUACUGCCAGGCACUUUCUUCCAUCCAGAGAGAAUGUUUCACAAAAUGAUUUUCCAUCUGAAACUCCUAUCACUUUAAAUCUGUCUCAUAACAUCUGCAGUACCAGCAGAGACAUGAAUGGCAUCCCCCAAUAUCCUGAAACCUUGUGUCCCAACUUCACUGACAUAGCUGCAGAUCCUGACAAAAAUAAAGGUCUUUACCCAACAGGAGACUUGUGGCCUGCACAGCCAGUCUGCCUGACAAACAGUUUAAACUACAACCUUGAGAAUAAUAUACCGUGCAUGAUCCAAGAAACCCCCUCUGUUCACAACAGCUUCAUGGACUGGAAUGCAGCUUGCGACAGCCAGUUUUCCAACAUGUAUUGUCCACUAGAGAUGAAUGAAUAUGGUGCUUUCCCAGAAGAAAAUAUGAACUACCCCAGUGGCUUCCCGGGUACUGCAGCAGUGCAGAAUACAGCCUUCAUUGACCAGAACUGUCCCUCAACUUGGAAUGCGCCUCCCAACAUGCCACCUGCCUGGGAGCCCACCAGUUACAUCAGCUCCACACCCUACCUCUCAAGCACCCGAAGCUUGUCUCCGAUGUCUGGACUUUUUGGUUCCAUCUGGGCACCUCAGAGUGAUGUUUAUGAAAGCUGCUGCCCCAUCAGUGCCACGACCCAACACUCGACGCACGUGGAGAACCAGGCAGUUAUGUGUAAGCAGGAAUACUAUCCGAGGUUUAACCCCUUCCGUGCCUACAUGAACUUGGACAUAUGGACUACAGCAGCCAAUCGAAAUGCAAAUUUCCCACUUUCGAGGGACUCGGGUUACUGUGGAAACGUGUGAAGGGAAUUUGAUUUAAAAAUGUGAAUAAAGAUGCUUGCAAUUUUGAUUACUAGAGUAAGCUGGUUGUUGAAUAGAUUACAAUGUUGGUGGAUAUUUUGGCACUUUUAUAUUGAAAAUAAAUUUUUUUUACUGAA